GCAGAAAAAUAAAUAAAUUAUUUUUUUAAAAAAAGAAAAAGAAAGAAAGAAACAGGGCAGGAGGGAUGCCCAGGAAGGAUAAGACUCGCAGAAUGUGGAGGUGGGAGGUGUUGGGGAUAUAUUUUUACAGUUUGGGGGGAAAGGAGAGGGAGUAGCUCCAUACCCUCAGCGGAGCCCCGUCUGACCUCUCCUCGUCCUCUGAAGGUGACUGAGCGGGGAAGAGCCGAAGCUGCGGACCUCCGCCCUGGGGACGUCAUCGUGGCCAUCAAUGGGGAGAGUGCGGGGGGCAUGCUUCAUGCCGAGGCCCAGAGUAAGAUCAGACAGAGCCCGUCCCCUCUGCGGCUGCAGCUGAACAGGUCCCGGGCAUCCUCUCCUGGACAAGCCAACGGUGGGAGUUCCCUGGAAUGGGCCCCCUGUUUCCAGAACCCCAUGAGGACCAGAACUGACAGCCAGACCUCCCUCCGGUCCUCUUACUCCAGUCCAGCCUCCCUGAGCCCUCCACCAUCUCGAAGUUCUUUUUCCACUCCACCCCCUGCCACCUUCCACACCCUGCCGGGAGAGACGGUGACUGGCAGCAGUUUCCAGAGCUUGUCCUGUUCCCCGGCUCCCGUCCCUGCCGAACACCUGAACUCUCGGGGCCAUCUGAGCAGCCGGCAGGCUGGGCUGGGUCGAGCUGGCGACUCUGCGGUCUGGGUGCUGCCGCCCUCCCCUGGGGGCUUCCGAGGUUCCCAGUCCUCCAGCCCCAAAAGAUCCUCUAGUCCCAAGCGCAGUGUGGACUUUGAAGGGGGAGGGCAUAUCCUCGAGGAAGAUUCGGAGGUCUUCAAGAUGUUACAGGAGAACCUGGAGGCUCGGACCGCCCCAAGGCAGUCCAGUUCCUUCAGGAUGCUUCAGGAGGCCCUGGAGGCAGAGGAGAAAGAUGGCACUUCUGCUUUCCUGCCCAGCUCACUGAGUCCCCUGGCCUCCCGGCCAGCUGGUACGGCCCAGACCACACCGCCCAGACUUUUCACCUGUGAGAAGUGCAACACCAACAUCACGAACCAGGCUGUACGGAUACAGGAUGGGCGGUAUCGACACCCUGGCUGCUAUACCUGUUUGGACUGUGGGCUAAACCUGAAGAUGCGGGGCCACUUCUGGGUGGGUGAUGAGUUGUAUUGUGAGAAGCAUGCCCGACAGCGCUACUCAGCCCAACAUGCCCUCAGCGCCCACUCCUGAAGGGCUUUCUUCCCUCUCCCCUAUGCCUCCACUUUUCACCUGAGGAACUCUGCUGGGGGUCUGCGCCAAUGGAAGGGUUGUAUGGUGGUGGGUAGUGGGCACCUGGGAGCUCUUGGGGACUGAGCUUGGGGACCAUUUUGGGGGGUUGGAAUAUUUUUCUUUUCUGCCACGUGCUCUCCAUCUCCAGGGGUAGGCAGUAAGGACAGGCUCUUGAGCCCCAUUUAGAAACUUAAAGUUUUCCCUGACAAAGUGGGGACCGUGCCACAGGGCGAGCUGUGCACCAGAUACUGAGCUCUGGGUCAUACAUGGGGUGAGGACUGAGUGGGUCACAGUGCCAGGCUAAAAAUAAUUCACUUUGAAAGACAUUGUGUGUAAAAAUAUGACAUAUAUAUUCCUGUAUAAAUAAAGUAGAUGAUGCUGUAUCUUC